CUCUCUCUCUCUCUCUCAAACGUGCAAACGUGAGCUUUGUGGACACCCAGUAAUGGCUGCUGAGGUUAGCUCUCUGUUUCGGGUCCUCAGCGGGUACAACGAUGAUAAACAACAUCUGAGCAUGGGUAGUGAAUCCACUGGAGACAAAUCAACGUCUCUGAUUACAAGAGACUUGCUUGGUGGUGGGUCUUCUUCACCUUCCAAGCUUUCAGACGAGUCUCAGGAACUCGACCUCGAUUUACAGGUCCCUAAUGGCUGGGAAAAACGACUAGACUUGAAGUCAGGGAAAGUGUAUCUCCAUAGGUCCAGUGCUGUUUCAGUCUCAGAUCAUCAAAGCCACAGCAAUCCAACAGUUCCAAACGUGCAAGACUUAAACUUUAUGCCAUCACCAUCCUCAAAAACCCCUUUAAAUCUCUUUGAUGAUACGAGCGCUUGCCUUGAAUUGAAGCUAGUAUCAUCGUCCUCAUCGCCACCACCUCCGCAGCCAUCCUCUUGCAAUUUCCAGAGUCUCUGCACCUUGGACAAAGUAAAGUCUGCACUCGAAAGGGCUGAGAGGGAACCGAUUAAGAAGCGCGCCACUUCCUUGUGGAAGUCGUCACUGUCAUCCUCACCGUCUUACUCAUCGUCGUCGUCUUCCAUCAAGGAAACUCAAGAGGAGGACAGUGAAUUUUCAUCUCCUUUUGCAGCAGGGUGUCCUGGCUGCUUGUCAUAUGUGCUGAUAAUGAGAAAUAACCUGAAAUGUCCUCGUUGCAGUUCGAUGAUUCCAUUGCCAAUGACAAAGAAAGCUCGACUUGAUCUUAACAGAACAAACUGAGAAGAUGAUGGCGAUUGUUCAGGCCUGACAUUGAUCAUUUUUGUAUAUGAUAUCUACAGUAUAUUAGUGAUUUCCUUGAUAAAUAGAUCAGCUGGUAGUUUGCUCUA